AUGCUCCGAAUCUUUACCUUCGCCAUUUUGGCCGGCCUCCUCUCCCAGGUAGUACUCUCUCAAGAUACUAGCCUACGGAAGGUAAAAGAAGCAUUUCACAAAGCUAACAUCCCGGAAGACAUCGGCCAACCAUUCAACCCUAAAUACAUCCUUGAAGUCACUUUCGCCCAACCAUCAGGCCCUGCUCACACCCUUAAGGCGGGCAUCCAGCUUCCUCGCAAUGUGACCGGCGUACAACCUUUAUUCGCCCUCAUUGGACAAGCCGUCACGCCUGGGCCCUAUGUCAUCGUAGCUGUUGACCCCGACUCUCCCACUCCGCAGAAUCCAAAGAAUGCCCAAAUUCGGCACUUCCUCGGAGGAAACUUCCGACCAACCCUCCAUCUUUCAGAUCGCGCCGUCCUACGCCCCUUGAUACCUGUUCCGCGCUGGAUUCUGCCUACCCCUCCUGCCGGAUCUGACCCUCAUCGAUAUAUCUUCCUACUGUACAAUCAGCCGCAAGACUUCAGUCGCCACUCUCUCUCUCUUGUUAACGCUUCGUCACCUAUCAUAAAGUUCAACAUCAGCGAGUUUGGUAAAGCGGUUGGUCUCGGAAACCCCAUCGCAGGAACGUUCAUGUUAGUAGCUCCAGGUCCAGCGUAG